AUGCCCCGCUUCUCGGCGCGUAAUGCUAUCGUCCUCGUCAACGUCUGCCUCCUUACACUCCUCUGCAUCCAUUUGAAGACAGUUCUUUGGGAUCAGAAUCCCGGGCGCGCUGUGGACGGCGCAGGCUCUCUAUUCGCCGACCUCGGCGACGACGAUGAUGGAUACGAUGGAGGGAAUGCGGAUGACCGCGAUGCCGUGCUUGGGUUGAACAGUGUGAAGUCGGACUCGGAGUGGAAGAGUGAGGAGGGCAAGACGCUGCGAGUCAACGGAGGCUCGAAAGGGAAUGCAUUGGAUGCUACGAAGCCUUCAGCCCAAAUUCUUGCAAAGGAGAGGAGAACAGCUGUUGUGGUCGCAAGCCAGGCGCGCGAGAACACGACUUGGAUCGCCGAGUUCUUUCCGCAGUGGGAGCAGAACAUAUACAGAGUCGACGAUCCGACUGCAAAGUUGACCGUGCCGAAGAACAAAGGGAGGGAGAGCAUGGUGUAUUUGACCUACAUCAUCGACCACUACGAUACUCUCCCUGACAACGUACUUUUCAUCCACCCCAAUCGCUACCAGUGGCACAACGAUGACCCCGAUUACGACGGCCUGCCUAUGCUGCGCCAUUUCCAGCUCCCAUACCUCGAAGAACAAGGCUACGUCAACAUCCGCUGCGCAUGGUCGUUAGGUUGCCCUGCUGAGAUCAAGCCGCUCGCCGAAGAGGGCGAACACAGGGAGGCGGUGCAUGCUGGUGGUGACUACAAGAAGGCCUUCCAAGUCCUCUUCCCGGAGAAGGAAGUGCCCAGGGAGGUUGGGGUCAGUUGCUGUGCGCAGUUUGCGGUGACCAAGGAGAAGAUCAAGGAGAGGAAAAAGGAGGAUUAUAUCAGGUACAGAGAAUGGCUUACGAGCACGGAUCUGGCUGAUAGUAUCAGUGGAAGGGUGUUGGAGUACUCAUGGCAUAUGGUCUUUGGUAAGGAGCCAGUUCAUUGCCCCAGCGCGAAAGAGUGCUAUUGCAAGGUUUUUGGCCUUUGUGACCUUGAUUGCAAAGACCCCAGUAGCUGUGAGGGUCGAUACAUCCUCCCGCCGUUUUCAAGUCUGCCCCAAGGCUGGCCUUUGGUAGGCUGGAAGGGUGAGCCAAGAAAAAGAUUCGGGAGUGAAGAGUGA